ACCUGUCUCUGUCCCUCUACCUGUCCCUCUACCUGUCUCUCUGUCCCUCUACCUGUCUCUCUUACAGGAAGUCGGUGACUGAGUCCAGGUGAGGUGGCAGUGGGCGGGGCUUAGCCUGCUUAGCCACCGUCUGAUUGGUGGGUGAUAAUGAUCGCGACUGGCGGCCUCCUGCGGAUCAACGCACGGCGACAAGACUCACUGAGGUCCAAAGCACACACACACAAGAGGAAGAACAAGAAUAAGAGGAACGAGGUGGUGGUAGUGAAGGGGAAGCUCAAGCUGUUUUCGGUCUCGGGUCUGGUGGCGGCGCUGGGCGUCCUGGUCCUGCUGGUGGGCGUGGUCAUGGCGGCUCUGGGCUACUGGCCUCGAGACGGACUGUUCUUCAGCGCUCAGCCUCAGGAGGCCACUGCCAUGGCCUCGGUGUCCUCCAGCAGAGACACGCCUGCCGAGGCUCAGGGAGGAGAGGAGGUGAGGGGAGGAGGAGGAGGAGGAGGAGGAGGAGGAGGAGGAGGAGGAGGAGGUUUCAACCAGACAGAAACCAUAAACGGGACGACCGGACGGCUUCCACGAGGCUUUCUGGGGGAUUUUCUGGACAGGUAUCUGUACUCUGAUAGGCUGAAGGUCUUGGGUCCUCUCAUCAUGGGCAUCGGGAUCUUCCUCUUCAUCUGUGCGAACGCCGUCCUGCAUGAGAACCGUGACAAAAAGACCAAAGUGAUCAACCUGCGGGACAUUUACUCGACAGUCAUCGACCUCCACGGCCUCCGAAAACCAAACUCCGCCUCCUCCUCCUCCGCCCGCCGCUCCUCGGCCAAUCCCCUCAACGGCCUCGUUAACUACGUCCAAUCCAAGAGCCUGGAGGCCAAACCCAGGGCGUACCCCGCCUCGCUGCUGAACAGGAGGGAGGGAGGAGGAGGAGGAGGAGGAGGAGGAGACACAGUGUUCAGUAUCUACCAGGAGCAGCCAGACGCUCUUCCUCCCCCCACCACCACCUCCUCCUCCUCCUCCUCCCACAGACUCUCCCUCCCCCCCAGCUUCAGCCCCCCCCACCUCUCUACCUGCUGGACCUCCCUGCAGAAGGAGGCGCUCAGCUCCUUCACCUUACCGCUGCGCCGCCCGCGGUCCUCCACCCCCCCCAGGAGGCACUCAGCCCGGGCGGGGGUGGGCCACAGGGGGGGGGAGGAGGAGGAGGAGGAGGAGGAGGAGGAGGAGGAGGAGGAGGAGGAGCUUGCAUGUCCUCCUCUUCCGCCUCCUCUGUGCUCCUCCACUCCAGCAGCGUCCUGCAGCUCCUCCAGCCUCCAGAAGGAGGCGCUGCUCCUGCUCUCCUCCUCCUCCCUCACCCCCUCCAACCUGUCACUGUCCUCCCUGUCUCACCUCCUCUCCUCCUCCUCGUCCACCUUGGCCGCCCCUUUGAGGAGGCGGAGCCUGCCGACCGGCGGCAAUGGGGGUGCGGCAGCAUCAGGUUACAGCAAACUGACACACGGGGAGGACCAAUCGUUUGAGUCCACCGAGAUGACAUCAUUGCACCAUGUGACGUCACACAGGAAGUACUCCAACAGGGAGAAGCUGAGGAUGAUCUCACAGGCGGAUUCUGGUUCAAUGCAGACGGAGGAGGAGGGACGAAGGGAGGGCCGACCAAUCGGGAGGCCGACACAGUGAUUCACAGCACGAGUCAUCAAUGACAUCAGCAUGACAUCAUCGAUCAGCAUCACAUCAGGAAGUGUUGGUUCUGGAUGUGGGGGACACAUGUAGCAAUAAGGAAGUCUUCCAGAUGGCUGAAUGAAGCACAUUUAUUUUACUGCCUGCUUCUUAUCAGACGCCAGGGAGUGUUUUUAUACUCAUCAUAUAUAUAUUAGUCAUGUUUGAUGUAUUAAUGUGGACACCUGCAGGAGGAAUGAAGCCACUGAAGAGACGAGACUGUUUUUAAAGGAGGCGAAGAGCUGCUGGAAGAGUUUUAACGUAUUUAUUCCUCUGUACCUUUAAAUGUCCCUGAAAUGUUUUGACAUCGUUAAUCACUUCGAUAUAAAUGAUGAACCAACAUCUGCAUCAGCAUGACGCUGUUCAAAGUAAACAAAUAUAGUCUGAGGUUUGAGACUUAAAAUCUUCCACUGAAAACUUCAACAUCCAAUCAGAUGGUGACGUUUAACAGCUGGUAAAUUUUCACUCUCUGCUCUGAUUGGCUGAUUUGAACAGAAACAUUUCCAUCAAUAAAUCAAAAUAUAGCACAUUGA